ACAACCACCCAACAAGGCGUUGUGCUACUAUGGGGAAAUACCGAACCGAACCGAUAGUAAAAUAACGGUUUUUGUUUAGUUUUUAGUCGAGGUAAAUGCUGAAAAUCCUCUGGAAAGUCGAUGCAAGUGGAAAUGAUCGCAUAUUAGGGAUCAAAUUUGGACGUUGACGUCGAGCCGUGCGUAAUGAGCAGAGUUGGAAAAAGAAGGUGUUGAGCUGCAUUUUUUCUCUCUCUCUGCCAGGGACAACUUGGGUCGGAGUACUGACUAAACUACGAGGGGAUACGAAGAAAAAUAAUGCCCACAAAGCUCUCCACUUUCUGGCAUGGCAGGCUGGGCCUGGGGCUCUGAGGACACUUCAGAGGAUCCGUGCCUGACCCACGACUGAGGAUUGAGAGGAAUACGUUGUCUGAGCAGAAUGACUCAGCAAGAGGGGGGACCCCCAAAUAGCAAGUGAAGAGAAGUGAGGAUGGGUGCCAAUGGAUCCAGCUAUCCACACUCUUGCUCCCCACGCAUAGGGGGAAAUGCACAGGCACAGCAGACUUUUAUAGGGACCUCAUCCUACUCUCAGCAGGGAUAUGGCUGGGAGUCUAAGCUAUACAGCCUGGAGCACGGCCAUGAGCGGCCCACAGACAGGAAGAAGAAGAGCCUUGGUUUAGCAACCCUCAAACGGAGGUUCAUCAAAAGGAGGAAGUCCAGCCGCUCUGCAGAUCAUGCGCGGCAGAUGCGGGAACUUUUAUCAGGAUGGGACGUCCGUGACACAAACGCUCUAGUGGAAGAGUAUGAGGGCACAGCAGCCCUCAAGGAGCUGAGCUUCCAGGCCAGCCUGGCACGUGCCGAGGCUCCCAGCUUGCAGCGGGAUCUUGCUGCCCUUUACCAGCACAAGUACUGCACAGAUGUGGACCUCAUAUUCCAAGGUACUUGCUUCCCUGCUCACCGGGCCAUCCUGGCUGCCCGCUGCCCCUUUUUCAAGACUCUGCUGUCCUCAUCUCCUGGCUAUGGAGCAGAGGUUCUCAUGGAUGUUGAGACAGCUGGCAUUGAUGUGCCCAUGUUCUCUGCCCUGCUUCACUACUUGUACACUGGGGAGUUUGGGGUGGGUGGAGCGGAGGAUACCAGGCUUCAGAAUGUGGAUGUACUAGUACAGCUCAGUGAGGAGUUUGGCACACCCAACUCCCUGGAGGCAGAUAUGAAGGGCUUGUUUGACUACAUGUGUUACUAUGACGCUCUGCUCAGCUUUUCCUCAGACUCUGAGAUGAUAGAAAGCUGUAAUGAGAGAGGGGCUGUGGCUGCAGCACCAACGGGGGGCUCAGCAGGCAAUGGGGGGCCCAGGACCCCCGACGAGGACCUUAGGGCACACAAGGCCAUCCUCUCAGCGCGUUCUCCUUUUUUUAGGAACCUUUUGCAGAGACGUAUCCGCACAGGAGAGGAAAUGACAGAGCGCACAUUGCAGACACCCACCCGCAUAGUGCUGGAUGAGUCCAUCAUUCCACGGAAAUAUGUACAGGUUAUUCUCCACUGCAUGUACACGGAUGUGGUGGAGCUUGGGUUGGUGCUGCGGGGCAGCCCCUCAGCAAGCAGCCUCGGUGAGGUGCAAGCCCUUGUGUCAGGGGGCCGUGGGGCCAGCACCCGCACUGAGGAGGCCAUGGAGCUGUACCAUAUCGCACUAUUCUUGGAGUUCAGUAUGCUAGCUCAAGGCUGCGAGGAUAUUGUUGUGGAAAGCUUGUCUCUGGACUCACUUGUCCCCAUCUUGAAGUGGAGCUCCCAGCCGUAUGGCUCUAAGUGGGUCCACAGGCAGGCCAUGCACUUCCUCUGCGAAGAGUUCAGUCAGGUUGUCACUUCAGAUGUUCUCUACGAGCUCAGUAAAGAGCACCUUCUCAGCGCAAUUCAGUCUGACUACCUGCAGGCAAGUGAACAGGACAUUCUCAAGUAUGUUGUUAAGUGGGGCGAGCAGCAGCUUAUUAAGAGGAUGGCAGACAGGGAGCCCAACCUGUUGAGCGGCACAGCUCACAGCGUAAACAAGAGGGGUGUGAAAAGGAGAGACCUGGAUGUGGAAGAGCUGAAAGAGAUCCUGUCUCCCCUCCUGCCCUUCAUCCGAACUGAGCACAUCUUACCUCCCAACAGUGAUGUCCUCGCUGAUGCGCUUAAAAGGGGUUUGAUUAGCACCCCUCCCUCAGACAUGCUGCCCACGGCAGAGGGGGGAAAAGCCAAUGCCUGGUUACGACAGAAGAACGCUGGCAUCUAUGUGCGUCCCCGCCUCUUCUCUCCUUACGUGGAGGAGGCUAAGUCUGUACUUGAUGAAAUGAUGGUGGAGCAGACAGAUCUGGUGCGUUUGCGACUAGUGCGCAUGUCCAACGUCCCAGACACGCUCUAUAUGGUCAACAAUGCUGUGCCUCAGUGCUGUCACAUGAUCAACCACCAGCAAAUGGCAGGCAAUUCAAACACAGCUCCAUCUGUUGUGGCCAAUGAAAUUCCAGUGCCUCAGCUGUCAGUGGUGAAGGAAAUGAUCCGGAGGCUGCAGGAGCUGAGACACACAGAGCAAGUCCAGAGAGCUUAUGCCCUAAACUGUGGUGAAGGAGCCACCGUCAGCUAUGAGCUGCAGCUGCGGGUGCUGAGGGAGUUUGGUCUGGCAGACGGAGCCACUGAGCUACUGCAGAACCCGUACAAGUUCUUCCCUGAUGAACGGUUUGGAGAUGAGAGUCCAAUUCUGGCUCUGCGCCAGGUGGGUCGUUGUCGGGUAAACAGCAGCCCAGCUAUGGAUAGCAUGUUCACAGAGCUGGAAGGGGUAGUGGGCUUCCACCCACCCCUACCUCCUCCACCUCCCCCAUACCACCCCCCUGCCACACCCAGCCAUGCUCAGCUCAAGGGUGCUUGGCGUCCUCGUGUGCCCAUGCCGACCCCCACCCGUUCCUUCUCCUAUCCCUGCAACCGCACCCUGAUCCAGCGCCAUGCAGCUGCCAAGCAUGGCAGCUCAGAGUACUCCUCUGUGCCCAGGCCCCAGCCCCCAGACUGCACCAACCCGCAGGCCAUGGGCCGAGCUUUGCUUUCAGACCAGCAAGCGAUGAUCAUGGAGCCUGUUAUGAGGGAGUUCAUGCCUGACAUUGCACUGGGAGUGUCAGUCAUGUCCCUGAGGGAGCAGCACAUGGUAGAGAUGGACAGAGAUGGCCCUCACAGCCCCAUGGGCCCCUCAGGCCACCAUCUGCCCCAUGGGCCCUGCCCUUCUGCCCGCCUCAGCCAUGGCCACGGACCUGGACAUGGCCACUCCUGCAAGAGACACGCUCCUGAACCCAAGCUGGAGGCUCAAGCCGAGUUCCCUGACCUGUAUGACUUCUCCUGCCGACCUGCAACCCCAACCUCCGCUCACCCUCUGCCCUCCUUUGCAGGACCAGACCUCUACAGCCACAGCUGCAACCCCUCCAGCUCCUAUCCACCCCCCUACAUUUCUGACUCUCAGUCCCAGGGCCACAUGCAGGGACGGACUGCCCCAGACCCACUACGGCUAGAUGUCCUCAGUAUGACCUCUCAGAGGCAUGAUGGAGUCCUUGCCAGUCCUUCUGGGGCCCAGCCGAGGAUGGGACAUAUCCCAAGGGGGAGAUCCAAUGAGACAGACCUGACUCAUGGCUUAGGCCAUUUACGGUCCCCCAGUGGAAACAUGGACAGCUAUGAGGAGAGGCACACAGGACCUAGAGACACCCCAGAAGACAUGGUUCUAGCUGGAGAAUCAUCAGGCCCGGGUCCCCUCCAGCAGCCUCACAGGAACAGUGUCAGCGAGGAGAUCGCCAGAGACCGCAGGUCACCCAGCAAGCCUGACUACCCUUAUAAGAAAUCUGCACUUUAACCCCGGUUGAGGGCCAGGGGUUGAGUUAAGAAAAGGGAAAAAGUGAUGAGUGGCUGUCCAUCAUAAUGGAUGGCAAUGCACUAAAUGUGUGCUUGUGUAUAUGUGUGUGUGUUUGACAGGAGCAGGGAAAAGGGGUGGUCGAUGGUUGCUAUUUAUAGGAUCUGUUCUUUUGUCCUACCUCUAUCACACUGUGCCAUCCAUCACACAGUCAGAAAGAGUAAGAGCUGUAGGUUAACUGUCAAUGUUUGUAAUUGAUCUCUGCAACCCUGCCUGGUCCUGCUGGUUUAGAGGAUGACUCAGGCACUCCUGGGAUGGAUUGGUCUCUUGAGUUUGAUUGUAAAGAAAGGUUAGCUCUAUGCUAUGUGAAUCCUGCGUGAGGAGGUCACAACAUUAGAUGUAGCUCAGUUAUGAACUGAUGGUUCAACAAAGACUAUAUCCAUUAGCUCUGCUAUCUCUCGAUUAUUUUCAGGAUACAAUGGGGAGAUGGCUGGAUAGGAAUCUCAAUUUACACAAGCGAACAAUGGCACACAGUCUGGGACAAAGUAUUGUGAUAAAAUCAUAUGUAAAUACGUCUGGCUGUAUUCUUUCCUCCCGUGACUUGUAUUUCCAUUUCUUCCUGUAGCAUGCCUAUAGCAACCCACCUGACUAGUUUUCCCCUCCUGGCCAUGAUUCUGCAGUGCUGAUGAGUAAUUGGCCAAGGCUUUGUCACACAAAGCAGGAAUUUGAUCCGACAGGAAGUAGGUCAUCAGAGCUCGUCAUUCUCCAGUAACCCAGUCUGAUAAUUGUGUCAGGCUUUAACUAUCGCAGCCUCUCAGUGUCUAGCUUAGGGGCAGAAGCCUGGCGUUUUUCAGAGAAGGGGAGGAGGCAGGAGGAUUGCGGGCGGGUUCAUUACUGAGAUACAGUAGAAAAUAUAGGGGUGCCAUGGCAACUGAC